AUGGCAGAGAUCUUAAAUCUUCUAUUAGUACCCAUCCGCCAAAACCUCAUUAACUCAAGGGACGAAGAGAAAAGGAGCGUUCUCUCAUAUGCAGCGUCCAUAGGAUAUGAUGAAGGAGUAGAACGUCUAUUACAGGAGUUUAGUAAUAUUGCUUAUGUUAAGGAUCCUGAUGGCUUCUUCCCCAUCCAUUCGGCUUGCAGAAGAGGUCAUAUGGGCGCUCUGCAGGCUAUCCUGCAAUCCUGCCCUGACACGAUAGAGCUACUUAACCUACAAGGCCAAAAUGUCCUUCACGUUGCAGCUGAAUGUGGGAAAAACGAAGUUGUCAAAUACAUUCUCGGAAACGAAAAGUAUGCAAACCUCAUAAAUCAGAAGGAUCAUAAAGGAAACACUCCACUACACUUGGCUACAAUGUUUUGGUAUCCAAUGAUUGUGCAUAUACUUACACAGGAUGAAAGGGUUAACCUGGGUGAACAGAACAAAUUGGGCUUUACAGCUCUUGAUGCAGCUGAGGAAUGGAUGGAUUUGAACCCCACUUUCCGUGAGCGACUGACAUGGAUGGCUUUAGUUUGUGUUGGUACCCCAAGAGCCCUAAAGUUAAUGCCGUAUGAUUCAUUUUUGGCACCUGGGCCUCAGGAAGGAAUCAUCCAGUCCAAUGAGAUGCCAUCUGCCAAAAAGUACAAGGAUAGAGUUAACACCCUGCUGUUGCUGGCUAUACUCGUUGCCACUGUUGCAUUUUCUGCAGCUUUCAGUGUGACAAAAGUACCUGAAGGAGAAACACACUGGUAUAAAGUCUUUGUGGUCUCAAACACAAUAGCAAUGUACAGUUCAGUUCUCACAACUGUUGCUCUCAUAUGGGCACAGCUUGGUGAUCUGGUGUUGAUCCUCAAUGUCUUCAAGUUCGUGUUGCCGCUUCUUGGCAUAGCUCUUAUUUCCAUGUCUUUUGCUUUUCUAGCUGGUAUGCUUGUAGUGGUGGGAAACCAGUUGUGGCUUUCUGUCUUGCUUCUUGCUUCAGGCGGCGUCUUCUUGGGCAUGCUUUUUCUGCUGGUUGUUCCUUUUGUCUGCCCUUAUACUUCAAGACCAUCCUUUUUCAGGUAUGUCUUGCGUUACCCUUUUUACCUUCUUCUUAUGCUCAUUGUGUGGGAUGACACCGAUGAUGACUUGGAAUGA